ACUCGACAGUACUUCCAUCACAAAAUCAACUACUACUUGAAAUAGAUGUAUUUACUAAUCGUACAUGAAAUAGUUUUGUGCAUCACCGGAUUCAUAAGAACAUCCUCUGCACUAGCGACUAGCGUGUUGUGCUCAGCGGUACGCUACGUAACAACAGGUCGGGGAAUAGGCUAACGGUGGAGUGCUCAUGUCAGAAAGCAACCAGCGCAGCGCAGCAUCUAACAAUUACAUGGCUGAUAUGGAGAGGAGGAUGAUGGUGUGCCAGGUGGUCGGUGACAGUGGAGUCGGCAAGUCAUCGCUACUUCUCGCUUACGGUCACGAGAAAGUCUCCAAGGACUAUAUGCCAGCAAUCAUAGACACAUGUGUGAUUUCUGAGAGUAUAACAGAGAGUAUAACAGAGAGUAUAGAGGUAGAAGAUUGCAAUGCUGAUGAGAUACGGGAGUAUGCCACGCAGACUGGUCCCAAGAGAACGCCAGCCUUACAGGCACCCGAUGUGGUGUUGGUAUGUUAUAGCGUGGUGGAUCGGCAAUUCUUCAACAAUACCCCAUCUUUUUCGGAGAUGAUGCGAACGCGCUAUGGUCAGUCUCUUCAAGUAGCCCUGAUUGGCCUCAAGAAUGAUCUACGUAGAACCUCGGAUCUUGGCACAGGACAAGUGAACGAAACACAGGAGGUGAGCGGACCAAGGCAGGAUGCAAGUAUCUUGCUUGAUACUGUGCAGUACUAUUUCUCCUCUCUUCAUGCCUAUACUUCAUCCAAAUUCAGUAAAAAUUCGUAUGCUGGCUCUCCUCAGCCUCUGUGGCUCGAAUACAGUUCACAAACAUCGCUAUGA